AUGAACAGCACGGGGUCCCCGCCAGGGGCCCCCGAGUCCUGCCAGCAGCUGGCGGCCAGCGGGCACAGCCGGCUCAUCGUCUUGCACUACAACCACUCGGGCCGGCUGGCCGGGCGGGGGGGCCCCGAGGAGGCGAGCCUGGGGGUCCUGCGGGGGGUCUUCGUGGCCGUGAGCUGCCUGGUGGUGCUGGAGAACCUGGUGGUGCUGGUGGCCAUCGCGACGCACAUGCGCUCGCGGCGCUGGGUCUACUACUGCCUGGUCAACAUCACGCUCAGCGACCUGCUGGCCGGCGUCGCGUACCUGGCCAACGUGCUGCUGUCGGGCGCGCGCACCUUCCGCCUGCGCCCGGCGCACUGGUUCCUGCGCGAGGGGCUGCUCUUCAUGGCGCUGGCCGCGUCCACCUUCAGCCUCCUGUUCACCGCGGCCGAGCGCUUCGCCACCAUGGUGCGGCCGGUGGCCGAGCGCGGGGCCAGCAAGCGCGGCCGCGUGUACGGCCUCAUCGGGCUGUGCUGGCUGCUGGCCGGCCUGCUGGGGCUGCUGCCGCUGCUGGGCUGGAACUGCGUGUGCGCCUUCGCGCGCUGCUCCAGCCUCCUGCCGCUCUACUCCAAGGCCUACAUCCUCUUCUGCGUGGGCGUCUUCGCCUGCAUCCUGGCGGCCGUCACCGCGCUCUACGGGGCCAUCUUCCGCGUGGUGCGCGCCAACGGCCAGAAGGCGCCGCGCUCCCCGGCCCGCCGCAAGGCCCGCCGGCUGCUCAAGACGGUGCUCAUGAUCCUGGUGGCCUUCAUGCUGUGCUGGGGCCCGCUCUUCGGCCUGCUGCUGGCCGACGUGUUCAGCUCCACCGACUGGGCGCAGCAGUACCUGCGCGGCAUGGACUGGAUCCUGGCGCUGGCCGUGCUCAACUCGGCCGUGAACCCCGUCAUCUACUCCUUCCGCAGCAGGGAGGUGUGCCAGGCCGUGCUGGCCUUCCUCUGCUGCGGCUGCCUCCGGCUGGGCCUGCGGGGGCCCCGGGACUGCCUGGCCCAGGUGGGCGAGGCCCACUCCGCGGCCUCCACCACGGACAGCUCGCUCAGGCCCCGCGACAGCUUUCGGGGCUCGCGGUCGCUCAGCUUCCGGAUGCGAGAGCCCCUGACCAGCAUCUCCAGCGUGCGGAGCGUCUGA